UUCGACAUUGUCUCUUCAGUAUACAUUUUGUUUCAAAAGAAAAUUUAAUCACAAAUCAAAUAUGGAGCUUCAAGGACUUUUGAAGUUCGUUGGUCCUAUUUUGCUAACGCUGUUAGCCAUGGCCCUCGCUCACAACAGAAUGGAUGAUAAGGCAGAACAGCUGAUGACGCAUGAAGAGCAAGGACAAUAUGUUGGCUAUCGUCAAUCGAAAUGGCUGGAGAAAUUCAAGAGACCAAAACCUCCCAGAUCUAACUACGGAAAACCGAAAGCUUAUUUCAAGGCACCUAGGCCACAGUACGGUGCGCCAGUCACGACCCAUUACACUCCGCCACAUGUCAGCUAUUAUGAAAAUCCAACACCUUACCCAUCUCAAUACCCUGCACAACCAUCUUACGUCCCAUCAGCUGCACGGCCACCAAAGGUAAACUUUUUCCAAAAUGCAUCUCCGUACAAUCAGCCGCAAGUAGUUUACAGAACACCUGCCAGCAACCCGUCGCAUCCGUCUUUUAGCAACCCAGAAGUUCAGAAUGGUACACCCGCACCGGUGCACCAGGAACCGGUUGACAGUAACCCGGAACAGCCACCUUCGGAUUACAUUCCCCCGCAGCCCGUGAACCCACCGCCACCAGUGGAUUCCCCACAAGUUCAUAAUAAUCCAGAGCAACCUCUUUUUGGGCCGUCAGGGCUUAUGAAUGCACCUGUUCAUUCUGAAACAGAAGAUUCUCGAAACCAGGUUAAUAUCCAACCCUCAUCACAGCCACUUCCGGAUUACGUUUCAUCGCAUCCUGUCAACCCACCGCCGGCUGUUUACGUACCACCGGUGACGCACAACCAAGAGGAGCUUUAUAGUCAUCCAGAACCUGCGAUCGUUACACCACUAAAGGAUUACCAAGAAUCAAUCAACAAUAACCAACCGCAAUUUGCUGUUAGCCAUUCAGAACCGGUGGAUAACCCGCCAAUGCAAGAUUUUAGCGUCCCAGUGAACGAAGAGUCACAGCAGCACAGUCUAGACUUCAUUCCAUCCGAGCUGGUCAAUCCGUCGGUUUACCAAUCACCUGAAAAUAAUCCAGAACAAUUUUCCUUUAGCCAUCCGGAGCCAUUGAACAAUUCUCCGCUAUCAAAUUAUGAAGAAUCGGAGAAUAACAACCCGUUGCAGUCGUCUUAUAGCCAACCAGAACCAGUUAACCAGCCGCAACCAUCUUACGGUCAUCAUGAAACAACCAACAACUCACCACAAGGUCAUGGAGAGCAGUUUAUUAAUAAUCCACCUCAGCCACCCCACGGGCACCAAGAAUUUGCAAACAGUCCUCAGCCGCCCCACAGCCACCAAGAAUUUGCAGACAGCCCUCAGCUACCCCACAUCCCUCAACCACCCAAUAACCCACUGCCACAACACAACCACCAAGAAUUUGCAAACGGUCCUCAGCCAGCCCACAGCCACCAAGAAUUUGCAAGCAGCCCUCUGCCACCACACAACCACCAAGAAUUUGCAGACAGUCCUCAGCCACCGCACAUCCCACAGCCACCUCACAUCCCACAGCCACCCCACAGCGCUCAGCUACCCCCCAAUCCUCAGCCAGCUCAAAGCCACCAAGAAUUUGCAAACAGCCCUCAGCAACACCACAUCCCCCAACCACCCCAUAGCCAUCUGCCACCCCACAACCACCAAGAAUUUGCAAACAGUCCUCAGCCACCCCACAUCCCACAGCCACCUCACAUCUCACAGCCACCCCACCAUCCUCAGCCAGCUCAAAGCCACCAAGAAUUUGCAAACAGCCCUCAGCCACCCCACAUCCGUCAACCAUCCCAUAGCCAUCUGCCACCCCACAACCACCAAGAAUUGGCAAACAGCCCUCAGCCAUCCCAGAGCCUUCAGCCAACCCACACUCACCAAGAAUUUGCAAACAGCCCUCAGCCACCCCACAUCCCUCAACCACCCAAUAGCCAUCUGCCACCCCACAACCACCAAGAAUUGGCAAACAGCCCUCAGCCACCCCACACUCACCAAGAAGCUCUUAACAGUCCUCAGUCGUCCCAUGUCCCCAAACCACCACAUAGCCCUCAGCCACCUCACAGCCACCAGCAAUUUAGAAACAGCAAACCACUAUCCGGCCACAAAAAGAAGAACAAUAAUCUUAAGCGACCAUUUUCUGCUCAGCACCAGGCUUUUCCAAAUCGUCCAGGACCAUCAUCUUAUCGCAACUCCAAUCCCAUCAACAAUCCCCCACCUGUUCAAAACAACAAUCCUACACCAUCGUUUUAUAGUCAACAAGGGCCAGUUAAUAAUCCACCACCAUCACACUUAGCAGCAUCGAUUAAACAUAAUCCGCCACAGCCAUCGGUGGAUUUCAUGCCAUCAGAUCCUUCUUUCAGCCAGGAAGAAACAGCUUUUAACCAACCACACCCCAUUCAAGAACUUCAACAACCAGCUCACACUGAAGCUCCACCAUCGACGCUGAAGCCGAUGAAUCACAACGUUCCUGUCCAGGAUUCUUUCUUUACUACGGAGGCAACAAGUCAGCAUUCUUCAACUAGCUCUCCAGUUGUCCCGACUGAACAUCAAGCUCCGUUAGAUUUCCCUGAUAGCCCGUUUUCGGCAAAUAUUGAAGAGGAAACACCUACCCUUUUUUACAAUGAAUUCAAAAAAACUGAGAGAAAUCGACAAGAUGCGGACACAGGAUUCUUCGAAUUCGGUAUUUUCCCAAAAAGCAACAGUUUCUUUCUUCAGAAUUACAGAGGUUAGAAGAGCUAGGCCAAUGUCUGGCAAUAGGAUCAUAAAAAGAAGCAAAUUAGGUAAAUGUUUUUUCGAAAUUGAAUCGGUCUCUAAGCGA